AAUCACCUAUAUAACAUGCUCUGCCCAACUGCUUCAUCCCACACUUUCUCUCUUUUUCUCUGUUUCUGUUGAAUCAUACACUGAAUCUACCCAUCUUUAAAUUUCUAUUAUUUCCUGUAUUGAUUAUUAAGGAAGAUGUAUCAAACAUUAAGUUUGCUCAAAUCUGAAGCAGAAGACUAUUUGAGCUAAAUGGAUUACCAAAAUCAGUACCUAUCAAAGUCAGGAUAUGAAUGCCUUCUCUUCGAUGUUGAUGAUACUCUAUAUCCGUUUAGUUCCGGAUUGUCCACUCAAUGCACCAAGAACAUUACAGAAUAUAUGAUUCAAUAUCUUGGAAUAGAUGCUACUAAUGCUUCUGAGAUGUGUCUGAAACUGUACAAGGACUAUGGCACAACGAUGUCAGGCCUCCGGGCCAUUGGUUAUGAUUUUGAUGAUGAUCAUUAUCACAGUCUUGUUCAUGGGAGAUUACCGUAUCAGAAUCUGAAACCAGACCCUGUUCUUAGGAAUCUUUUGCACAGCAUACCCAUUCGUAAAGUUAUUUUUUCGAAUGCAGAUGAAGCCCAUGUCGCUAAGGUUCUUAGCAUACUUGGAUUAGAGGAUUGCUUUGAAAGUGUUAUAUGCUUUGAGACAUUAAACCCAACCCACAAAAGUAACAUAACUGAUGAUGCUAGAAACUCUGGUGAAGAUGGAAAUGAUUCAGCACUCCUGGAGUCUCCCAUCAUCUGCAAACCAUUUAAAAUUGCUUUUGAAGAGGCUUUUAAGAUAGCUAACAUAAACCCUGAGAAAACACUCUUUUUUGAUGACAGUGCACGCAAUUUGCAAACUGCUAUACGUAUGGGGCUCCACACUAUGGUGGUGGGAUCUUCUUACCGUGCUAAGGGCGUGGAUUAUGCAUUAGAGAGUAUCCAUAACAUCAGAGAAGCAUUGCCAGAGCUGUGGGAAACACUUGAGAAGUCUGAAGAAGUUCUCUAUUCCAGGGAAGCUGCAAUUGAGACGAUUGUGAGAGCUUAAGUGUGUGACUAAGGACUUAGGGAUAACCUAGUUUUAAAAGUCUAUCUCAUCUUCCAUUUGAAUUCUCGAAAUGGUAGAGGCUGCAAUGAAAGAAAAACUGUGUGAUUCUUGCAAGCAAGGAAAUAUCAUGGUCUGUAGGGUUUCCAACCCAACUGUGUAAUAAACCUACAUAGUGGAUUUAGAUUUUAAAUCUGACCACAUUAUCUGUAAAACUAUAUAUAUAAUAAAUUGAUUUAACAAUCUGAUUACUGAUCAA